ACCGGGGAGCCAUGAACUGGAGCACGUUCGAGGGGCUCCUCAGCGGGGUCAACAAGUACUCCACAGCCUUCGGCCGCGUCUGGCUCUCCCUCGUCUUCAUCUUCCGCCUGCUGGUCUACGUGGUGGCGGCCGAGCGGGUCUGGAGCGACGACCACAAGGACUUUGACUGCAACACUCUGCAGCCGGGCUGCACCAACGUCUGCUUCGACCACUUCUUCCCCGUGUCCCACAUCCGCCUCUGGGCCCUGCAGCUCAUCCUGGUGACGUGUCCGUCCCUCCUGGUCAUCAUGCACGUGGCCUACCGGGAGGCCAAGGCGCAGCGGCUGCGCGAGGCCGGAGGGGACGGCUGCCACCGCCAUCUCUUCGCCAACCCCGGCAAGAAGCGGGGCGGGCUGUGGUGGACGUACCUGCUCAGCCUCAUCUUCAAGGCCGGCGUGGAUGUGGUCUUCCUCUACAUCUUCUACCGCCUCUACAGGAACUACACCCUGCCCCGGCUGGUGAAGUGCGAGCUGCCCCCCUGCCCCAACGUGGUGGACUGCUUCAUCUCCCGGCCCACCGAGAAGAACAUCUUCACCCUCUUCAUGGUGGUCACCGCCUGCGUCUGCGUCGUGCUGAGCCUCGCCGAGGCCGCCUACCUGAUUGGCAAGCGGUGCCGGGAGUGCCUGCAGGCUGGUGGUGGGCAGAGCCGGCGGCACAGCCAGGACUGCCCGCUGCCCUGUGCCGAGCCCGUGGGCACGGUGGGACAGGUUUUCCAUGGGGCAGACUACAAACCCCCCACGGCCACCAUCCCACCCACGGCGUCCUGCCCCAGCACAGCGUCCGAGGAGGAGGCUCUUUCCUAA